AUGCGUAUGGAAUUCUCUGAUCGAUUUUCGGGGUUGGAAGCUGCUCUGGAGCUAUUGACGGAAUGUGAUUUGUUUGCAAUAGAUCUAGUUUCCAAUAUCUAUUUGCCAUUGGAUUAUCGCAUCCGCGAUUCCUCGGAGGAGCAAGCAGGUCAUCGCACAGCAGCGAUGGCGAUCAAAGAGCAAUUGGCUAAAUGGAAGCUAAGCAGCCAAAUAUGGGACCAUGACCAGCUCAUGAUCGGCAGGCUCUGUUGGCACCGCCGAAGCAAACAGGCAUACCGAUCCGUUGAAAUAAGAGGUAAGAGGACAAUCAAGCAGCUUUUCAUACCCACCUUGGUAAGCGGAUCGAUCGUGGCGAAAUCGGGAAAACCUAAUAUCACCCCUAUCACCCCUAUCACCACUAUCACCACCGCCACUAUCGCCACCACCCGUCGCUUUGAAACUGGCCGGCUUCAAUUUGGUGGUGUACUGCCGACAGCCCAACUCCAAGUUAAUGCGAGGCUGACAAAGUGUCCCCGACCACUCGCAUCACGACGUCACGACGCCAACAUCGAGUCACGACGACUUGUACAACCGUUACACGAGACGACCAUGUUGAAGCUCCCCAUACGGCCGCCCACACGCUCUCUCGGCAUCCGCUUGCUUGUGGCCGCCGUGAUCUUGUUUGCACUGGUGCAAUUGCACCUGUCAUACAAUAGCAGCGGAAAGAUAUAUCAGUCCGUAUGGAAAUGGAGCUCCGGGACUGACAGACCGGGAAGCCCAAGCCCGCACAAUGGCACUUUGAGGGAGGGCUGUGAGGGCCUGACGGGAUUCGACAGAGUCGUUAUCAUCGUCAAGACGGGGGCUACGGAGGCGGAGAAAAAGAUCCCAACACAGUUGAAGACGUCGCUGCGCUGUGCCCCGUACGUGUAUAUCUUCUCAGAUAUGGCGCAGACGAUUGGGGAAACCCCAAUUUACGAUGCGCUUGAUACCAUUUCGCCCUCCUUGACAGAAGAAAAUCCCGAUUUCGACCUUUACCGCAAACAGUAUGAGAUUGGGGACCCCGAGCGGAUCAUGGCUGAGCUGUCUGGUUUGAAGGACGCCCGGAUAACGAGUGAUCUUGCCGCUUGGACGCUCGACAAGUACAAGAAUAUGCACAUUGUCGAGAAAAUCUGGGCGAUGAAGCCGGAAAUGGAUUUCUAUCUUCAUAUCGACGCUGACACCUACGUGGUCUGGUCCUCUCUCAUCACGUGGAUUCAGCGACUCGACCCUUCGAAAGAAUCAUACAUGGGUUCACUAGCACUCAUCAAUGGUCUCCCCUUCGGCCACGGCGGGAGUGGCUAUCUGAUGUCGCGAGAGGCGAUGCGUGCAUUCGCCGUAACGCACAACGGCACAGCCGCAAAAUGGGAUUCGCGGAUGCACGAGGAGUGCUGCGGAGACUGGACGCUGGCCCAGGCGCUGAAAGAGUAUAACAUGCCGCUGAAAAACUCGUGGCCGACGAUCAACGGGGAGACGCAGAGCACGAUUCCCUUUGGGGAUGACCAUUGGUGUCAGCCAUUAGUGACGCUGCAUCACAUCUCUAACGUCGAAGCCGAGCAGCUGGCAGCUUUUGAGGCAGAGAGGGAGAACAAGAGCUCCCCGCUCCUCUACUCAGAGCUCUUCAAUGAUCUGGUGUCUGACACUAUCCCCACCCGCCUCGCCUCCUGGGAUAACCUCUCCAAGAACGUCAUCAUCGCCGGCGUCUCUUCCGCCGACGCCUGCUUCUCUGCCUGCCAAGACAAACUCUCCUGUCUCCAGGCGCGCUGGAACGGCGAGCAGUGCUUCAUCGACACCAAGCACGUCUCGUUCGGCAAGCGAGUCGACGUGCAAGAUGGAGAGGGCGUGAGGUGGGAGAGCAUGUGGAACAAGACGAGGAUCGCCCAGUGGGCGGCGCAGAAGAAGGAGUGCGGGAAGCCGGAAUUCCCGUUCCAGGAGCGGCCCACUGUAGCAGCCGAGCUCGACGUCGCUCUCGCUUGGGAAAAGUAG